AUGAGCGAUGCCGCAGGGUCUGCCCAUUCACUCGUACCAUGCGAGCAGCCUCAUGAAUCUCGAGACAGACCAGAGCGUCCACAGCCCGCACGAACAGCCUCGGCCGAGCACGACUCCUUAAAGUACCACCUGCUCGGCCCCUCGCUCACAAAAGCCGGACAAGAUACUGUAGACCAAACAAAGGUCUCCGAGGUCAUCUACAAUGCAUCCAAGGGCUCCAAGUUCUUCAACAACGAGGAAGUCAAGGACAAGAAUCUUACAGAGAAGAUCAACAAGAUCCUGGCAAAGAGACGUCAGCUGGAGAAGAUUGACUUGACCUCUGACCAGCGCAGAGCCGACGACUAUAUCGCUGAAUUGGAGCUGAGCAGGGACCUGAGUCAGGUCAUUGUACACCUCGAUUGUGAUGCUUUUUAUGCCGCCGUAGAGGAGCUCGAUCGCCCGGAGCUGAAAGACGUUCCGUUUGCGGUCGGCAAAGGUGUGCUGACGACCUGCAACUAUCAUGCGAGGAAGUUUGGCUGCCGCUCGGGCAUGGCCGGUUUUGUUGCCAUGAAACUCUGUCCACAGCUAAUUUGCGUCCCUAUGAACUUCGCGAAAUACAUGGCCAAGGCAGAAGAGGUCCGCGAAGUCCUUGCACUGUACGAUCCUAAUUUCCAGAGUGCGAGCUGCGACGAGGCAUACCUGAAUCUCACAGAGUACUGCCAAGAGCACCAUAUGACCCCCGAGGAAGCAGUCAGCCAAAUGCGCGCAGACGUCUAUGAGAAGGCCAAGAUUACCGUCUCUGCCGGUAUCGCAGCAAAUGCCAAACUCGCCAAGAUUUGCUCAAACAAGAACAAGCCAAAUGGGCAGUUUCUGCUCCCCAGUGACAGACAGACGAUUGUAGAGUUCAUGAGGACCCUACCUACACGCAAGGUGAACGGCAUUGGUCGCGUCUUUGAACGAGAGCUGGAUGCUAUAGGCGUGAAGACCUGCGGAGACAUCUAUGCACAUCGAGCAUAUCUGGCGAAGCUAUUCGGUCAGAAGGCAUUCCAGUUCUUGAUGCAGUGCUAUCUAGGUCUGGGACGUACCAUUGUCAAACCUGCGGAAGACCGUGAGCGCAAGAGUGUCGGGACAGAGACUACGUUCAGGGAGCUAGGGGAUCGCGAUGCCCUGCGCGACAAGCUUCGUCACGUCGCCGAAGAGCUCGAAGGAGACCUGAAGCGCACUGAGUAUAAAGGGAGGACCAUCUGCAUCAAGAUCAAACUUCAUACCUACGAAGUGCAUACACGACAGACGACACCACCAUUUGCUGUUAACAAAGCGGAUGACUUAUACAGAUACAGUCUCCCUAUGCUGGAGAAGCUGAUGAAGGAAAUACCGGACCUGAAGUUGCGUCUCAUGGGCCUGAGAGUCACACAGAUCAUCAGCACAAAGAAGCCUGGAAUCGACUUCUUCGGCCGUGCAGCCAAGACAUCGUCGACUUCUUCAAAGGCUUCCACCUCAAAGAAUGAAGGGACAUGGGAGACCUGGCCCGAGGAGGAAUUUGAAGAAGCCGCACAACAAGAGCGCAACGACGAGAUGAAUGAGUUGGAGAAGCUGUCUCAGGAACAAGGGCACCAGGAAGAGGAACGAUCGGCGCCCGAACCGCAAUGGCAGUGUCCCAUUUGCUCCAUCUCUCAACCGCCAGAUGACGCGAGCUUCAAUGCCCAUAUCGACUUUUGCCUUUCGAAACAGACUAUCAGGGAAGUCGUCAAAUCUACAGCGCCGUCACCAGAGAAGCAAUCCAUCGCCCCCAAGCCAAUAACCAAAAAGGGAAAGCGUGGAAGACCGAAGAAUGAAGGGUCAAUUUCAGAACAACAGGCGAGAGAAAAGAGAAGGGCUUUCUUCUCGCUUGGCAACAGCAACUAA